AAAAAAAAAAAAAAGCUUCUCUGAUACCGGUGAGAGAGUAAGAAAAAGAAAAAGAAACACAACGACAUCUGACAUCUUUACCAACAGUCACAAACCUCUUCCCUUUCUCUUCUCUAAUCGCCGGGUUGGAGUUAUCGGAGCUCACUCAACUCAGUUUCUCCCGAUUCGGCUCGGUUAUGGAGAUUCUGAGUCCGAGACUACUGCUCCGAGUCCGGACCUUCGCGACGAUUCCGCCGCCGUUGGAUCAUCCUUCGUCCGCCGCCACAUACUUCUUCAGCUCGUAGUGUUGCUUCGGAUUUUUCAAGUCUUAUGCUCACUGGCACCGUGAUCUCGCCGUCGGUUUGGUCCAUUCUCACAGAUCUAGAAGUUCGAGGUCGUCGGUGAUGUCUCCGCUCGCAGGUCCUGUCGAUUCCGGAAUAUUUAAAAGUCCACAAUGGUUGUUGAUCAAAUUGAUCCUUUUGUGGUGCAUUAUAUCAAGUACUGAUGCCGAAGUACCAAACAAUCGACGUCUUACAACUUCAGAAUCUCCAGUUGGUGCGCCUCAGGUGGCACCGGCCAUGCCUGAUCUACCCCUUCCAGUCAAUGUACCGCUGUCUCGUGGGUCCUGGAGAAAGCAUUUUUUGCGACUUGGUUCACCAGUUGAAUUAUCACCAACACACCCCCCUUUGAGUUCGCAUAUUUCAGAACCUUUGAUGAAGAGGAGUGGCUUACCACCUUCCUUUGUUGGCUUCAAUGAUCUUGCUCCAACGCAGUCUGCUAUUGGUUUGUUGCCUUCUGGUUUAACUCAGCCUCCACUGUCUCCUUCUGUCUCAAAUUGCUGCAAAGCAGAUAUGGUGAUGAAACCUGGGAGUCGGGAAUGCCACUGCGUUUAUCCUAUAAAGAUUGACCUUCUUCUUUUAAAUGUAUCACAAAAUCCUAAUUGGAAUCUUUUCUUACAAGAGUUGGCUUCUCAACUUCGUUUGCGAGUUUCUCAACUUGAGUUGAUCAACUUCUACGUUCUGAGCUUGUCAAGGUUAAAUAUAUCGAUGGAUAUCAUUCCACACACAGGGAUCAGUUUUUCUGCCAGUGAUGCAUCUGCCAUAAACUCUUCACUUUCCAUGCAUAGAGUUCGUCUAAACUCUACAUUAGUGGGUGAUUACAAACUUCUCAAUAUUACAUGGUUUAAGGCUCCACCUCCUUCUCCAGCUCCCCUUCCUGCUUCAUCACCUACCAAAGCCCCGCCAUAUCACCCGUCAGCUUCUUCAUCACCCAGUACUUCUAGCAAAGGGAGGCAUUCAAGUUUGAUUCUUAUUCUUGGUAUUGGUGCUGGCGUACUAUUUAUUGCCAUCAUCUCAUUGCUCAUAGCUUGUUUAUGCAUGUCUUGUCAAGAAAAAACAAAAGCGCCUCCUAUGGAAACAGAAAAGCAGAGGACUGUAGAUGCAGUUCCGGUUAUAGGACCUCUUCCCCAUCCAACUAGUACACGGUUUCUGGGAUAUGAAGAACUUAAAGAAGCAACAAACAAUUUUGAACCUGCAAGCAUACUUGGAGAGGGUGGGUUUGGCAGAGUGUUUAAGGGUGUCUUAAGCGAUGGUACCGCUGUUGCAAUCAAGAGGCUAACUUGUGGGGGGCAACAAGGGGAUAAGGAAUUUUUGGUUGAGGUUGAGAUGCUUAGCAGGUUGCAUCACCGAAAUCUUGUGAAACUUGUAGGUUACUAUAGCAAUCGUGAUUCCUCACAAAACUUACUUUGCUAUGAGCUUGUUCCAAAUGGGAGCUUGGAAUCCUGGCUCCAUGGUCCCUUGGGAGUAAAUUGUCCUCUCGAUUGGGACACCAGAAUGAAGAUUGCACUUGAUGCUGCCAGAGGGCUUGCAUACCUGCAUGAAGACUCCCAACCUUGCGUUAUACACAGAGAUUUUAAGGCGUCCAACAUUCUACUUGAGAACAAUUUUCAUGCUAAAGUUGCUGAUUUUGGCCUUGCAAAACAGGCACCCGAAGGCAGAACAAAUUAUUUAUCGACUCGUGUUAUGGGAACGUUUGGGUAUGUAGCUCCUGAAUAUGCCAUGACAGGACAUCUACUUGUCAAAAGUGAUGUUUACAGUUAUGGGGUUGUCCUUCUCGAGUUACUCACCGGAAGGAAGCCUGUGGAAAUGUCUCAACCAACUGGACAGGAGAACCUUGUCAGUUGGGCCAGGCCUAUACUCAGAGACAAGGAUCGGUUGGAAGAGCUUGCUGAUCCGAAGCUUGGAGGCAAGUACCCAAAGGAAGACUUUGUCAGGGUUUGCACAAUUGCCGCUGCUUGUGUCGCUCCCGAGGCAAGCCAACGGCCCACAAUGGGUGAAGUUGUACAAUCACUUAAAAUGGUGCAGCGGGUAACCGAAUACCAGGAUUCCAUGACCUCUGCCAAUGUCCGGCCCAACUGCAGGCAGUCAUCAACAACCUUUGAGUCUGAUGGGACAUCUUCGAUGUUCUCUUCUGGUCCCUUUUCAGGUCUUAGUGCCUUUGACAAUGACAACAUCUCUCGGACCGCAGUUUUCUCAGAAGAUCUUCACGAGGGAAGAUGAUUACUUUUUAAUUCUUCAUUUUGUUCACGUAUCUUUGAUUGUUUUACACAAGAAAGUAGGAGUUCCCCCGUUCAAAAGCAGGAUAAACUGGAGCCUCAUUUUUUGAGAAGAAAGGGUAGAUUUAUAAUUUGUGUGAUUUGAGGGGAAAGAACGAUGUUCUCACUUCUCAUGUAUUCCCUUUUGGAGAAUCAUUGUCCAGUUUUCCCCUAGGCAAUCGUUCUCCAUUUGGUGGUUGAAAUUUUGUAUAUACACGUCCUUGUAAGCUUGUUUUACGAG